AAUUGAAUCUACACAGUAUCACCUGGAGGCUUUCCAUUGGCUUGAUUAAAGAUCAGUGCUGAUGAUGGGAUGGAGGCAUGGAAGAGCAGUACUUCUGCUGCUGGUCACCUUGCUGCUGUCCUGGGCACACAGCUCCUCAGCAUUGACAUGUGGCCGAAGGAUAAGUAACAAACCUGAGAAGUCAGAAAUUUUGGAAAUCAUGGGUGGGGUACCUGCAGACAUAAUAGAUUUUCCAUGGCAGGUGCGUAUUCUUUACCGAGGGAUACAUCUCUGUGGAGGAUCAAUCCUCAGCGAGUGGUGGAUUUUAACUGCAGCCCAUUGCUUCAUAAACAAAAAUAAAUAAUAUCUCACUUGGAGAUUAUACAUGGUGAAAGAAACACUGAUACCAAGAACUUGAAGAGAAUGAAAGUGAACAAGUCAAUUAUUCACCCUUACUUUGACAGCUGGUUCUUGGAUAAUGACAUUGCUUUGCUCUUACUCAAAUCUCCAUUUGAAUUGGGUGUCAUGGAAGUACCCAUCUGCGUUUCAGAGGUCACUGACAUACAGAAAUGGAGAAACUGCUGGGUGACUGGAUGGGGCAUUACCAUCCCUAGGCAAAGUAUGACUUCAGAGCUGCAAAAAGUCAACAUCAAGCUGGUCAAUUGGGAAACAUGCUCCCAUAUUGUGCCUAUGCUUACCAGGAACAUGCUAUGUGCUGGGAGCCCUCAAGGUGGGAAGGACGCCUGCCAGGGUGACAGCGGGGGUCCUCUGGUUUGCCAGAAAAAAAACAACCGAAGCAUAUGGUACCAGCUAGGCAUUGUCAGCUGGGGAGUGGGAUGUGGCCGGAAGAAACUGCCUGGAGUGUACACAAAGGUGUCUAAUUAUCUGUCAUGGAUUGGCAAAGAGACAGCGAUGUCAGGAAAGCCCUACGUGCAUGAGCCAGACUCCGGGUACAGUUUACUUCUCUCACCUUGGGCCAUAUUGUUACUGUAUUUUGUGAUACUUCUAUUACCCCAUGAUUAAACACAAAACCAAGUGUCCUCAGGGCACCUGGGUGGCUCA